AUGCCGCCCCUCUGUAACCGGUCUGUUGGAUUGUUCGCUGAGGAAGUUCCUUUUUGCACGCGUCUGGAUAAAUGGAGUACGCCCUCGAAGGAGAUUCCGGAGCCUGAGCUGGCUUGUGUAAACCAAGAGCAGGCGUCAAAUAACUGGUAUGGAAAGUCUGAAACCAAAGAGGAUGGAUAUUUUAAUGGGAGGGCUGCCUUGACGCAGAAUUGGAAAAAGAAAUUGGGUAUUGCCGCUGUUGUCCCUGCUGUAUCAAGAACACGCCAGGGAGGGAGGGUGACAGGCGGGAUGGAGGGCGAUACUCAAUAUGUAUUCCACAACGAGAACAUGCAAAAAUUGUGCAUCGUGGGCUAUGGUUGGGGGACAGGGGCGAGGCAGGGAUGGCGGACGGAUAGAACUACUUCGACCUUGCAGAUCCUUGCUAGUCGCAUCGUGGCCCAUCUGCCCGCAAGCAGAUUAUCCGAACUGGUCCCUCCCGGGCAGGGGAAGGAUUACGUCGCCGCCUUCAUCGACUGGGUGGGGUUCCUACCACGCAAGAUCUCUCGGUGGCCAGAUCUAUCAGAUCAGCGCAAGACUGUCAGCUUUGGCCAUGGUCCAUGGAACCUGGAACCCCUCUCAAGCCAUCGCCACGCUCGAGGAGUUAGCCCCCGGUCCCCCAUUUUCGGCCAUUUCACCACGGUCACCGGCACCCCGGGCAGGAACACGCGGUGGCUGCUCUGA